AUGUCUGAAACUUCCAAAGAACGCAGAAAAAGACUUCAACAUGAAUGUCAACAGCGUUAUCGAGAAAAUAAAAAAAGAAAGAUGACUGCUGAAACUAAUAGACUUACACAACCAGAAAAUAUAGCAAGUUUUUCUAAUGAAAUCACUAAUAAUCUACCUUCUUUUCUAACUUCCAAUAUUAGUAUGAAUCUUAAAGCCGAAGUAUCUACUCACGUGAACCCUCCUAUCAAUACUUCUCUGAUACCAGUUCGAGUUUCUACUCAUGUUAGAGUUCCUUUAUUAAAAGCACGCGUCUAUUCAUGGUCCUCACAAGAAUUGAACUGUCACUCUCUAGGAAAUAUGGAUCGAAGAUGUUCCAAUUGCAAAAUUUCGCUUCCUCCUUUACAAGAAUUGCCUUUUCCUCUAAAUGCACUUCUUACUAGAAUGGAUUUGUCUGCCCGUUUAUUUAGACAGAAUAUUAGGAUGUAUAACUCUGCUUUAGCUUUUACAUCAAUGGGAGCUAAGAUUGAUGGCAAUAUAACAGGAACUGCUGGAAUAUAUAGUUUUCGUAUUUAUGAUGAAAUGUAUCAUAAUAUAGAUUUAAAAAUAAUAAUUACAGAUAGUAGAAUGAAAGAUCCCAGGCGCUAUAAUACUCCGAGUGCUGCUGAAGUUGCCAUUAUUAUGAUUGGAAAUGAACAAGAACCAGAACCAUUACAACGUGAUAUUGUUUUACAUUUGCGUGAAGGAAGAUUUCAACAAAUAUCUGAGUUACACCAUGCUUAUGAACCACUACACUAUGUCCUUAUGUUUCCUAGAGGUGAUGAUGGUUGGCAUCCGUAUAUUCCUCUCAAGCACAGUACACUUUCUGCAUCGACUAUACAGGAACCUAUAGUUGAUGAUAACUUUUUACACAGCCUGGGAGAACAGGUUUAUAACAACCAAACUCAUGAAUGGAAACCAAGACAAUGUGGAAAUGUCAUCGGUCGUAUGUAUUUCAUUCACCCUUUAUCGGGUGAACGAUAUUAUUUAAGACUUCUUCUUACUAUCGUUAGAGGUGCUACUUCUUUUUCACACCUUCGCACUGAUUAUUGUUUAGCUGAAGCUGCUCAAAUUCACACAGGUUCACAAUUAUGCUACUUAUUCGCCACCAUUCUCUUAUUUUGUGCUCCUUCUAUUUUACAACAGCAUGGCAAAUCUCUUGCUAAUUUUCCUAAUAUGCCUAUCUCUGCUACUUUUGACCAACCUAACUCUCUAAUUACUGAAGAAUUAAAUUAUAACACUGAAGAGCUUUCUCAUAUAGUUGAAACUAAAGUUCCUCAGUUAAAUGAAGAUUAG